AUGCGAAGAAUAUUAGUUUUGCAAUUGGGGACUGCAAGAUGUCUAUCUACAUGGGAUGAUGGAAGUGAGGGUUAUGAAUGGAAAUCACGUGCUUUAGCAGAAAAGCGCUCAUUAGCGCUAGAGUAUCUUGGGAAUGUUAGCAAAAGAGUACAAAUCCAUGAUUCAAUUCGUCUGAAAGCUAAUGUUAACAGGGAGGCCAUAAAAAACUCUACUAUACCUAGUUUUCUUGGAGGGGAUGACAAGAGUUACGAUGACUCCGAAGAAAUUGAUUAUCAUUCACUUCUCCAAAUGGUGGAAGGGGCAAAUGACACUGACACGUUGGCUUACCUUUCUUCAUCCGAUGCAUCGCUUUUAAAAGACGAAUUUUUACAAAGUGAUCAUGCGGAAGAAGUGAAGCUACUAAAUCAAUGGGUUGGUCUUCGUCGUGACGUUGCAGAUUACCAAAAUUACGCUGCAAAACCGGAUGGAGAACGUAAUGCAUGGUCUGCGUGGUAUCUUCGUAAUGUCCGGGCGUCUAAGCCACAUGAGGAUUAG